GUGUACAAACGUGCGAAACUUCAGCUCGGAGCGCACUUCGCGGAAUUUCGCGGUGUGGUCGCGUACCACGACAUUCGCGGAGAUAUCGGGCGCAAUUUUCGAGACGAUCGCGAUAACUGAUUCGAGACUGCCCGGAUCGGGAUCUCCACGACAUCCCCGCGGACCGUCCGCGCGCAAUUGCGAAAUGCCACCUCCGGCGGUGAGUGAAUGAGAUAAGCGCGCGAGCGAUAUAACUCCCGUUAUCACGCUCCGUUGGAACGUACGACGUAGUAAUGCGGCACGAGGUGGUCGGUCACGUAUUUCUCGCGACACACGAGGAGGAGGCACCUCGCGCGAGUGCACGUCCAAGUGCGACAUCGUGCGCCUCUCGACGAGUCUCGCGGGUGAACAGCGAGCCUGGGUGACGAUCGCGCGCGCGAGGAAUUCGCGAGGACGAAGUAGGGAGACGAAUCCUGAUCUCCUCUUCCCUCCCCGCGUCGCGUUUCGGACGAUUUUUCUCGCGCCAACACACUUGUGUUGGCCUCCACGGCGCGGAAGAACACACGUUCCGCGUUACGUAAACACCGCCGCGAUUUCCUGCGGUCUUAACCUUGACCACCUCCCCCCCUUCCCUUUGCUCGACGCUUUUCCACAGUGAUGGGACACGUCGCGUCGGAUCGCACGAUGCAGCAGGAGCCGGCGCCGUGUUCCUGCGGGACGACAACGUGGAGUCCGCUCGACGGGUUUCAGGGUGACGCGCGCUGCGAGUACGCGGUGAUCGUGCUGAAUCGUCCCAUACGCUGGAGGCGCGAGGUGCUGCUCCGGUUCUGGCAGAAAGCUCGAAUCACCGUCACCGUGGACGGCGGAACGCAGAGAUGGCUGAGGUAUCUGGAGGAGCAGAGGAUAGACGUGCUGAACGGCAGGAACGAGCUGUACGUGCCGGAUCUCAUCACGGGGGAUAUGGACAGCUGUUCGCCGCUCGUGAUCGAGAAGCUGCGCGGUAUAGGAUCCAUCGUCGUCGAGACGCCCGACCAGAAUCACACGGAUUACACCAAGGCGCUGCUGCAGGUCGCACACUACGCCAGGACGCGCAACAUAAAUUUAGGUGAAAUAUACGUACUUGCAGAAACGUCGGGCAGGUUCGAUCAUAUCAUCGGCAACGUCAACACCCUGUACAAAAGUGAGAAGCUCGUGGGAAAUAUACAGGUGAUACAAGUGGCGAGCAACUCUAUGACAUGGAUGCUGAAACCUGGUUUGCAUAGUAUACACAUACCAGAAAUCUUGGUACGGCAGAAAUCUUGGUGUGGCCUACUGCCGAUUGGUUGCCCGGUUAAUUGUAUCUCAACGACUGGCUUGAAAUGGAAUUUAACUAACACAACCAUGCAAUUCGGCGGUUUAGUGAGUACUUCAAAUACAUACGAAGAUUCUGAAGUGACUGUGAAUACAGAUACGCCGGUAAUUUGGACUAUGGGUAUAGAGCAUCUUCUAAGUGACGAAGAGUCGUAACGCAGUUAGUCCGCCAAUAGAUAAUAAUGCAGAUAAAUGAUGCAGAGACAUUUAGGUCAGACGUGCUAAAUAUUAGCCGCGUCUGGUGAGGUAUUUAAUACAUUUUUUUAUUUGAAUAGCGGUAAACUAGAUAUCCACAUAUAACUGAAGACAAUUUUAAGUUCAGUUUUACAUAAUUUUCUAUUGCUCAUUAUGGGAUCUUAUAAUAAUACGUAAUAAUGGGUUGAACUGGGUAUUUUUACUUAUUGCAUGCACGAGUCUCGUUUGAAAGUAGAGUUUACAUUUAGUAUGUAAAACAGAUUAGCCAAAAUUAAUAUUAGCAUAAAUUACGUACAGGAUUAUAUGAAUGGAACAUUGUAUUUAUAUCAGUUAGAAAUUUACGAAUUUCUUUUGCAAUUCCAUUUUACAAUUCAAACAAAGUGUUAUCAAAUUGAUUGAUGCUGCUGCUUAGCGAUAUUAGGUGCGUUAUCAGGCACUAAUUCUUAAAUACAGGUGUAAUGUGUUAGUCAUGUUACUGCGAGACGCAAUGAAAUAAACCUUGCAGUAACUAUACUGUUAUAUAUGCAUUCCAACGAUAUUAGUUAAAAAGAGCACAAAGUGUAAUUUAUAGUAUUGAGUUCCUAUUUUGUGUGUAAAACCAAAGCCAUGAUCAAGUUACAUGACAUGAAUACAUAUACGUAUGGAUGUAUUAGUUUAUCGAUCCCGAAACAGAUUAUAGUUUCAUAUUACACAAGCUCAUAUCCCUUCACUCAAAACUUGGAACUUUUUAAUCAAUCUUUU